UAGAUUGUUCCUAUGGCUUAAAGCAACGACAACUACGCAAACAAAAAUAAAAGGUUUUCUGAAUCCAGAAACGACACACCAUUUCCAAAAUCGAAACCAUGAACCCUAACAAAUCCAGUGUUGUUGCAUCAUCCCUGAUCAUCUCUGCCUUCUUGAUGUUGGCGUAUUUUUAUAUGGGGGUUGAAACGGUUGAAGAUGAUAUGAUAAAUGAUCAAAAGACAGGCGGAAUUCGUGAUAUUGCGGAACAAUCCGUAAACGGGGCCGAGAUGGAAACCCUCGCUCGAUUCGCCGUCGAAGAACACAACAAAAUGGAGAACUCAUCUCUCAAGUUUUCUAGAUUAUUAAAGGCAAGAGAGCAGGUGGUGGCUGGUAAGAUGUAUCAUUUGACAUUGGAGGCAACAGAUGAUGAUGGCAAGAUAAAAGUAUAUGAAACUAAAGUUUGGGUGCAAACUUGGAAUAACAUGAAGCAGAUGAAAGAAUUUAAGGUUUCUGAUGAUCCAAAUGUCUAGAAUUUAAUUUGUGUUAAUUUGAUACAA